UGAAACGCAGAAUGAUAACACUGAUAAUAGUGAAAAACUAAUGUUACUGAAAUUAGAAGCAGCAGCUGAUAGAAGCAGGAAGGAUGGCCGUGAGCUAACUAACUUAGAUUUGCAGUUUUCCAAUGAUAGUAAAAAUAUGACAAACAACUGUAAUUUUGCAAAGAUCUUUGAAAGAAUUUUGUUUAUCUGGGCAAUACGUCAUCCAGCCAGUGGAUAUGUUCAGGGCAUAAAUGAUCUUGUCACUCCUUUUUUUGUAGUCUUCGUUUGUGAAUAUAUAGAAGAAGAAGAAGUGGAAAAUUUUGAUGUUUCCAGUCUGCCUGAAGAAGUGCUGCAGAACAUAGAAGCUGACAGUUACUGGUGCAUGAGCAAGUUGCUUGAUGGCAUUCAGGAUAACUACACGUUUGCACAGCCAGGAAUUCAAAAGAAAGUGAAAAUGUUGGAAGAACUUGUUAGUCGGAUUGAUGAACAAGUUCAUAGGCACUUGGAUCAGCAUGAGGUGAGAUACUUGCAGUUUGCUUUCCGUUGGAUGAAUAACUUGCUGAUGAGAGAAGUCCCUUUGCGGUGUACCAUCAGGUUAUGGGACACAUACCAAUCUGAACCAGAGGGUUUUUCUCACUUCCACUUGUACGUCUGUGCUGCCUUCCUUGUCAGGUGGAGGAAAGAGAUCCUGGCAGAGAAAGAUUUUCAA